CCUGAUAUGGCAAAACCUCUCUUUCCUUUGUUUCAAAGCACUGCUGACUCCCAGCGCCUUGCCAGCGAUCUUGAUCAACAAAGUAAGGACUCAGGCCCUAAAGACUGGCUUACCAAUCUUAGCUUUACAGUUACUAGUUCUACUGCUGUUGCACAGAGUUCUGAUAUUGUAUCUAGUGUAACAAGCUCAGUUAAAACUGAACCUCAAGACUGGCGACAGCUGGUUGAAGGAAAAGACGCACUAGAGAAAUGGCAGCAUGUAAAGGCAAAGGAAGUAGCGCAAGACAUCAAAUCUGAGAGAAAACGAGUGAAAUUGAAAGAAGAACACAAGCCAACAACUCUGUGGAUAGAAGAAUCUGGAUUGUCACCAGAAAAAGCUUAUCGUUUGGAUAGAAAAGGAGAUCGUAGCAAUUGGCAAUAUGGUGGUCUAUAUCGACUUGAUAUUGCCAACUACAAAAGAUUUUUUCGAGAUCUUUGUUUAGGAAUCUCUGAUGUAGACUGGGGGGAUAAUGGCUCAGAGAGUGACAAAACUAGAAAGAAAAGAAAGAGGAGAGGAAACAUUGAAGGACGGUACUGUGCAUCAGAAGCUGUUGCUGUUGAGGCAGAUGUAACUGUCAAACGGUUUCGACUUGCAGACAUAUCAUCCGAACAACAAGAUAGCACAUUGGAAACAAAAGUAGUUGGAUUAGCAAAGUUCCAGGUGGACGAUUAUAUUCCUCUUCCUGCUGACCAUGUCCAAGAAUCUGCUGCUACUCAGCCUUCACUUGUUUUGCUCAGUUCUGGACAGCCAGCUGCCAUCUCAUCAACUAAUGAAGUCACUGAGGGUCAAGCUCUCUCUAUAGCUGAACGUAACAUUCUGCAAACAAAGUAUUUUAGUGAGACUUUGCGUGAUAAUCCAACAGAUGUGCAAAUGUGGUUAACAUUUGCCAAUUUUCAAGCCACAGAAGGCGUUUGGCAAACAGAAGGAGAAGUGUUUACAACACAUACGAAGAAAGAUAAAGUUAUGGCAGUUGCAGAACGAAAAAUUGCUGUUCUUGAAAAGGCAUUAAUGAAGAAUCCUCGUAGCACAGACUUGCUGAGAGAGUAUCUCACCACUUGUGCUUUAGUGUGGGAUGGACAAAAGGUGGCUGAACGUUGGAAAGAAGUUGUUUUCAAGCAUCCAAACAGCUGCCAACUGUGGGUCGGGUAUUUGCAGUUUGCUCAGUCUCGUUUCUCUGCUUUUACAGUGAGAUCAAUUCAGUCAUUAUACAGCAAGUGCUUUUCUACUCUUGUUAAUAUUGUUGAUGGGACUAUGAAGUCUCAUUCUCCAGAAGAAGGUACAGAAGGCUCAGUGUUGGACUUGUUUUAUACGCAAUGUUGUUUUCUGCAGCAAGCUGGUUAUGCUGAACGGGCUGUUGCAUGUUUUCAAGCACAAAUUGAAUUCAAUUGGUUUUGUCCUGCUGAGCUUGAGUCUACACCUGCUAGUGGUCAGUUGGCAUUUCUGGAGACUUUUUGGGACAGUCAAUUCAAAUAUUUGGGUCAUCAAGAUCCACAGCAUUGGAACCAAUGGUUUUCUAAGCAGAAGGAGAACAAUAUGUCUGCUACCUCUAUCAAAUCUAAAAAUUGGUCAUUGACUGAAUAUUCUGACUGUGCUAAAGGCUUGGCGCUAUCUGGAUUGCCAACAGCCCAAGCUUGGGUUGUAACAGAAAGACAUCGGGAAGAUACUGACUUUCUUCCAUGGCAUCCUGACAUAUCAAAAGGAGAAACAGAAGAUGAUUGCACUGAUCCAGACAGAAUGGUGGUGUUUGAUGAUGUCAGCUCUUCCUUGUUUAAGUUUCGUAGUGACGAAUUAAAGUAUAAACUGUUGAUCAGGUUCAUAGAGUUUCUAUCUGGCCAACAGUUGCAAACCAAUAUACCAAGUCUGCCACCAGUUCUGAUAAACACAGACAGCCUUCAACUCACAUCUACUUGUGUGUAUCAUAGUGUACUGUUUGGUAGGGCAAUUCAAGAUAUUCCAGGGUUUGCGCAGCAUAUUAGGGGAGGAUGUACACAGUCAAAGAGCAUAAAACUGGUGUCAUUUGUGCGCUCAGCAUUAUUCCAGAUUUUGGAGUUUGUACCAGAACAUUUGUACACAGAUUUUGUACUCAAAAUUGUCAACUUUGAACUUGGCGUACUGGCAUUACCUCGCCAGUUUAGUCCACAGCAACUAACUAAACAGCAGAAAACUGGUCUCAAAACUCUCAAGAGAAAUCUGAAAUCUAUUUUGAAAGCUCCAAAUAACAGAAACAAUUUAACACUAUGGGCUAUGUAUUCAUUAAUAGCAGGGAACACUGGUGAAGCUCAUCAAGUGCUAUGUACAGCUUUAGAGCAAGCAACUGCUAAAGGACUGCCCUCUGAUGCUUUUGCAAGAAUGGAACUGGCGUUAGUUUUUAGGUCAUAUGUUGAAAUGGAAUUGACUGACUUCUUUUUGACAAGCAAUACACAGAGCAAAGAACGAAGCCUUAAUUCCUUAGUGGUAUAUGCUGAAGACAUUGCAUUUCACAGUCAAAAUGUAUUGUCUGCAGUUUCUUCUACUCGAGUUGUGAAGGCUGAAAAGCUGUGCUAUGAGAGGAUGACUUCUUUGCUAACUCGCUGUGCAGCUGCCAAUGAUUCUGUGCUUGUUGAUACGGCCAUAGAGGUGUCCAAUUGUUGUGCUUUGUUUAAGUACCUUACCAGAGGUGUACAUGAAUGUUUGGCAACCUUUAGGACAGCCAUAGAACAGUUGAAGAUAGCAGAUUGCCAAAAGUCAAGUAUUGGACGGCUUUACAUGGCUGCUGUUGGUAUUCUCUGGUGUCAUUCAAUGGCUGUUCCAUCUCCACGUCACAUGCUUAGGGAAUUGAUUCAAGAAGCUCUUGACUUCUUUCCUGAUGACAUCCAAAUGUUUGCACUGUACUCAGAGUUAGAGAGCAGGCUUCAUGUAGUUGGACGUUUACGACGUUCAAUGGAUUUGGUAAUGAAACAAAGCACCAGCCCAUUGACUUGGCUUGUGUCCAUUCUUACAGAGUGGAACAAUGCUAAGAAACGAAUGGCCUAUGCAUCUAGCAGUUAUCAGUUACCAAUAACUGGAUUUGCACAUAGAAUCAGAUCUCUGUUUGAUCGGGCUGCUGACCAGCCACAUGUUCAACAUUGUGUUCUGCUGUGGAGGUUGUUAAUGCUAUUUGAGGUAGACCAAGGUCGACAAGACAGAGCCAAAGCUGUAUUUUAUAGGGCAAUUCAGCAAUGUCCUUGGGCCAAGGUGAUAUAUAUAGACGCUGUAGAGUGUUUUCCUAAUGACAUCGAAGAGAUUAUCUCAAUAAUGGAAGAGAAAGAACUUCGAAUCAGAGCACCCGUGGAAGAAGUUGAACUGCUGCUGCAAGAGGAAAUAAUGGAAUCAGCUGAUGCAUUAUAGCUGCUAGCUAAUCACAUUUGACUGUGACUGACCACUUUGCGGUGCCGUCUACUAUACACGUAGCUUAAUUAAUUAAAUUAUUUACUGCAAGGUUGAGUUGCAGUCUGUGUAAAUUAUUGAAUUUUCAUAUUUUUAAUUG